AUGUUCCAACAACAGUUCACCAUCGGCCAUGGCUCUCUCGAGCGAUGCCAGACACUCACUCUCCCAAGCAUCAAGAGCAUGCAAGAGCUCAAAGCCGGAAUUGCCAAAGUCUUUUCCGUUUCCGAUUCUAAUUGUCAGAGCGUUCUUACAUGUCUUGGUGAGAUUGAAAAAUGCGAUGUCCCUGUUCAGAUCAGAGUCAAUGGUGAGAUCGUCCGCGAACCAGCCGGGCCGGAGCCUCUCCCGUACGUCGGUAACCGGUACGAGCUGUAUCCCGAUCCUCUGGGAAACUAUGACCGCCUUUUGGAGCGCUACGGCUCAGUCAUCAAGACGGUGAACAUGGGCACAACGAUCUACCUCACCAAUGACCCAGACGUGUCUCGAGAAGUCUUGCGUGAAGGGCAAUUCUUCACUAAGACCACAUCAGACCCUAGCCAUCCGCUGUACUAUAUGCGAAACAACGAGGCACUAUUUACCUGCGACAGCGAUGCUCCAGCGUUCAAGCUAGCACAUAAGUUUAUCCCUCCCAGCUUAACGCCUAAAGGAGUGCGACACUAUACACCGAUCUUGCAGGCAUGCGUCGACAGAUCAUACAAGGUGUUUGAUGAGCUAGACGACAAGGAAAUGGCUUUCAACGUAUAUCAUUACACCUUUAAAAUGGCGGGUGAAAUUAUCUGGAAAGUGAUAUUGGGUAUGGACCUAGGCCAUUUUGAGUCGAUAGACUCAAAACCUCACGAAACCAUACGAUUGCUGGGCGAAUAUCUUUCUCUUAUGAAGAAAACUUCGUUGAGAGGUAGCUGGUACGGUUAUCUCCCAUUCGGCACGCCAAAGCGACUUCGCCUCGUCAGGGAGCUGCUGUGGAGCGGUGUCGCAAGAGGCAUCGAACAAUCUGUGAAGACCUCUGGAGACUUGCCGAUGAAAGACGCAGCACUUCGCGCAACAUGUGUGGCAGAUUAUCUGCGGCGCGCCACUAAUGAGAAUGGAGACAAAUUGCCUGAGGAUUUGAUGCUCAGCAACUGCGUCAUUAUGAUUGGUGCUGGCUUCGUCACCACAUCAUCGCUACUAGCGUGGCUGAUCUACGCCCUUGUCAAGUACCCUGGCAACCAGCAACGUCUGUUACAGGAACUCGUGGACAAUGGUGCAGUGCCGCAGAAAGAGUGGUCUUAUGACGAACUGACCGAGAUGCCAUUCUUGGACAAAUUUGUGAAAGAAACCCAGAGAAUGCACAAUCCGUCUUUCCAAACUGCAAGAAAUGCGCGGGAAGAUGUCGUCCUACCGGGGGGUUAUUUCCUUCCCAAAGGCUCAGUUAUCAUUCCUACCUUUCCAUCACUGCACAAGAACGCGGCACAUUGGGAAAAUCCCUCACGUUUUGAACCAGAUAGAUGGGAUACAGAUGCCGUCAAGAGUCGACACAAAAUGUCGUACACGCCAUUCGCUGCAGGAACGCGUGGCUGCGUGGGAUACAACCUAGCGUUGCUGGAAGUCAAGAGCGUCAUGGCGAAGCUGGUAUACCGAUAUCAUUUUGAAGACGCUUCUACUGAGGCUGUUGUGUAUGAUCCGGAGUUUAUAGUUAUCAGGCCAUUGAACUUCUACGCUCGGGCUAUGAAGAGGACUUGGUGGCCGGAGACACAUUCCAAAUCGACAAAAUAG